UCCUGCCCGGGUGCUGAGCAGCAAGAAAGGCUGUGCUUCUUCCUUGUUCCUUGGUUGGGAAGUGCCUGGACCUGCCCUCUCCCCGUGGCUCUCUGCCUGGACGGACCAAUGCCAGGAGAAUGGGGGUGCAUCCCGCAGUCCUCUGCUUCUGGGGGGCACUGCUCCUGAUCAGCGCUGCGAAGAGAUCUACCUCAGACACCACCUCAACUACGAACACAACAACUUUGGAGACUGGCCAUUCCUCCACCUUUUCCACCUCCCAAAGCCACGGAUCCAAGAGCACAAAUGGCAGAACUGCAUCCAGUCCCAGCACACCAGAGGCGACUUCCAAUCAGUUUCAAUUCACAACGGCUUCUCAAGCUCCUACCUCAGAAGAGUCACAGAGGACAUUUUCAUCCCCUUCCCUUUCUCCCAUAAUGACCACAUCCCAGGAGGGGACUUUGAGAUCCACCACUCUAAGUCCCAGCGUGCAGCCAUCAAGUGUCGGUCAGAGUACCCUCUCGUCCAGCAUGACAAAUCCGGAGACCAGCCCUUCCUACACAUUUUCCACCUUCAAAACCGACGGAUACAAGAGCACAACUGGCAGACCUGCAUCCAGUCCCAGCGCAGCAGAGGCGACUUCCACUCAGUCACAAGUCACAACGCCUUCUCAAGCUCCUACCUUGGAAGAAUCACAGAGGACUGUGGUGUCUUCUCCCUCAACCUUUUCUGUGUCUUCCAGUCAGAGACCAAGAUUAACCCAGGAGACCUCACUUCCUAUGACAUCCAGUGCCUCUAGCACUUCUGCACCUGAAACUCGGAAAACAACGACAGUGUCCAUCAGUUCCUCAGUAAUCACUGGCACUCGAGUGGUCACCAAUGGAAGCUCAGAGUUGCCGAGCACUGCUUCUCCAACUGCUGAGCACUCAAGCACAAGCCACGUUUCAUCCCCUUCCUUUUCUUCCAUAACGACCACAUCCCAGGAGGGGACCGUUGAGAUCCACCACUCUAAGUCCCCAUGGAGACAUCAAGUGUCGUGCACAGUAGUCCUCUCGUCCAGGACAACAAAUCCUGAGACCAGCCCUUCCUCUACGUUUUCCAGCUCCCAAACCCAACGACCCAAGAGCACAACUGGCAGACCUGCAUCCAGUCCCAGCACACCGGAGGCGACUUCCAUUCAGUCACAAGUCACAACGCCUUCUCAAGCUCCUAUCUCGGAAGAGUCACAGAGGACUGUGGUCUCUUCUCCCUCAACCUUUUCUGCGUCUUCCAGUCAGAGACCAAGAUCAACCCAGGAGACCUCACUUCCUACAACAUCCAGUGCCUCUAGCACUUCUGCACUUGAAACUCGGAAAACAACUACAGUGUCCAUCACUUCCUCAGUAAUCACUGGCACUCGAGUGGUCACCAAUGGAAGCUCAGAGUUGCUGAGCACUGCUUCUCCGACUGCUGAG